AUGGCAACAAUUUAUCACCUCAAACAUUUCAUUAAAGGGAAGUAUUAUGGGCAUAGUCUUUCUUACUAUAAGAUAUGGGAUGCGAAACAACGAGCUAUUGCAAAGAUAUUCGAGGAUUGGGAAGAGUCUUACCAAAAGUUGAGAAAGUUAUUGUUGGCAUACUUGGAUCAAGAAGCUGGCACCUGGUACUGGUGGCACACCAUACCCAGGAACGAGUUUGGUGAUACAAUUUUGCGCUAUGUAUUUUGGGCUUUCGCUCCAUGCAUUGAAGGAUUUAGAUAUUGUAAGCCAGUGAUCAGUAUUGAUGGGACUCAUUUGUAUGGUAAAUAUCGAGGGGUGUUGUUGAUUGCAAUGGCCACUGAUGCCAACAACAAGGUUUUGCCUCUCGCCUUUGCUGUUGUGGACAAAGAGUCAGGGUCUAGUUGGAGGUGGUUUUUAGAACGUCUCAGGAUCUCACUGGAAGAUAACGCAAUUGCAAACUGGCCUAUAGAUGAUGAUGGACGACUACGAGUAGUUCACAGAUAUUGCCUUCGACAUGUUGCUAGCAACUUCAACACGCAUUUUCAAGACGCUACUUUAAAGUCAUUGGCCUUGAAAGCGGGGUAUGCUACUCAGGAAGCUAAGUUUGAGUUGUACAUGCAACCUAUCAAGGAAGCCGAGAUUGAGGCCCUUAGGAAGAAACGGAGAACCGAGCGGCAGGAAAGUGAACCCGACUCAUCCAUCAUGCCAUACACAUAUCUAAUAAACGAGGAUCUAGACAUGUGGACCCAACUACAUGAUGGUGGAUACCGUUAUGGGGCUAUGACAACCAAUGUCUCGGAGUGCUUUAAUGGAGUACUGAAAGGUGCCCGUGGCCUACCCAUUGCUGCAAUGGUUGAAUUCACUCAUUGCAAACUUGUAGCGUAUUUCCAUGAUCGACACAAAGAAAUUACUCAUGAUCUCUCACAGGGCAAGGUAUGGAGUAAAUAUGCCUUAAAAAUCUAUGGACACAACCUAAAAAAAUCUCUUGGCCACAAUAUAACUGCGUUUAAUUACGUGAAUGGUAUAUAUCAAGUAAUUACUGCAUACAACAUCCAUAGCUCUGGAGGGGGACACCAUAGUCAUGAAGUAAACCUAAUGGACAGAACAUGUCGUUGUGGAAAGUGGCAAAAUCGAAAGAUCCCUUAUUCACAUGCAAUUAAAGCUCUUCAGCACUUGGGGCAAGAUGCGACUACAUAUAUUGACCCAUGUUAUAGUUUGAACAAUGCCAUUCGCACCUACUCACAUGCAUUUGUGGUGCCACUGUCAGAGUCAUUGUGGAGGGAUGUGGACGGUCCAAAGUGGGUGCCUGACCCACUCUUGUUGCGAGGCAAAGGUCGACCUGUGGCGUCUAGGAUACAGAAUGAGAUGGAUGGGGUCCGACGAGAACCAGGAAGCCGGAGGCCAGAUUCUGAGUUGAGGGAGAUUCAACAAAAGCAAAGCUGUGGACUGUGUCAUCAACAUGGGCAUAACCGUAGAAGAUGUCCACUUUCCCGUGGGGCUUCAACAAGCAGUAAUGAUCCAAACUAG